AUGAAACUUUUAUCGGAAAUGAUUGCUGUUUCAAGACAUAGGCUUGGAUUUAUUCAAUAUAAUGCCAGCGAUAAUAUGAAAAGAAUGAAAAUCCCUAAUAAUUGCCAUUGCUUGAUUGGGAUAAAAAAUUUUGAUUUAUAUCACCAAGAGUUAUGGAAUUUUGUUUUUGAUCCCGCUGGAGGGAAUAAAGGGGUUCGCAUUUGCAAGCUUUUUAGAUAA